AUGUCUGUCACUUGCCUUCAGAGCCGAGUCGUGGCAUCCAUUGAGCUGUCAGUCGACGAGUGUCUGGCCAUCGGUUACCGGAAGUCCGACCUCUCGUGCCUUCAGUGCGAAGAACUCAUUAAAUUCGAGUUGUUUUCGCUGAAGGACUCGUGUCUGAAGUGCUGUUCCAAGGAUUCCGGCGAUGAGUCCGUCAAAAAGUACUCGUCGGCGCGACUGGAGGUCUGCGGAUGAAAAGUGGGACACUUUCCACAAAUCAAUGCGUUCAUAAGAGGCGACAAAAGCAAGAAAUUCCCGAACCUGUCGGUGAAGUACACGAGAGGCGCCGAACCGGUCAUCAAACUGUUGGACGCCGAGGGCCAAGAGGUGGAUGAGCUGAACAUCCAGAAGUGGGACACCGAUACCAUCGAUGAGUUCCUCGAACAGCACUUGGCGUAAGGCAUAGGCAUUGGCGACGGCAGUGGAAAGUGUCAGCGGAUUCACUGGACUCGCACUUCGCGUCCACUCAUAAUGACAGCGAUUAUCAAGAAAUCCAUCGAUUCGUGGAAUUGAUUCGUUCGAUGAAGAAGUGGUCGUUUGGUGUGUCCUUUGAAUCCAAUCAAUGAUUACAUGAAAUAAAAACGAAUUUUUAUUUUCCCAAAAAA